AUGGAACGGAUAUUUGACUUUGCCGUUAAUGAAAUAAAUUAUCAAGAAGAUCCUUCAUUUGAAGGGUUUCAAAUAACACAAUAUGCUACAUAUAAUGAUGGAACGAUCUUACUUAGAAUUCGUCCUAAUGCUGAUGGGAAUUGUAGAGCAAGUGGUUUAUAUUUUCGUUUAAUAAGAACUGAUGGAACAAUUUCACAAAUUACUUUAAACAAUACCGCUAUUUAUAAUAUUUCUUCACAAAAUUAUUGUUUUGUAAAUAAUGAAAUCGCUUUUACCUUAAGACCUUUAAUGGCGUCAAUACCGCAGAGAAUGACUUUAACUUGGUUAGCUGGCUAUGCAUUUCCCAUAAAUUUAAUUAGUAGUCCAACUGAUAGUUUACGAGUUUAUGGAAUUGCUACAAAUUAUAUAUUAAUUUCUUAUGUGUGUGGAGAUUUAACAAGCCCUAGCCCUAGCGUUUGCGGACUUUUAUUGGACUGGAAUGGAAAUGUUUUAAGUUCAGGAAUAAAUCUUGGAGAUAAUUGUGAUGAUGUAAAUAUCGCUCAGAAUAUAAAUCCAAAUAUCGGUGAAUUUUUUUGGGUGUGUUAUAUGAAAUCAAAUAGUCAGUUAGUAUGGAGAAGAUUUGGAACUCCUGACUCUAGUGGAACUAUGAAUACGUUAGGGGUUGGAAGGAUAAAUGGAAUAACAAAGUUUAGUCCAAAUUAUACUUCAAUAUUUCCGUUAGAAGAUGGAGGUUAUGGAAUAGUGACUGCUCAAUAUAAUACAACAAAUUUAACUACACAAGGUACUGCAUAUACUCCACCGUGGACGGUGUUUGUAUAUUUUAUCUCAGAUAGUGGUACAAAAGGUCCUUUUCAAUUAUAUGAACAAACAACACAAUCAUUAAAUCAAUUAAAAAUAUCUACAUGCUCUAUAUCAUUUCAAUCUUCGGGAUAUAAUUGUAUAAUAUAUCAAGUUCUUGUUGGUGCAACUGAACCUAGUUUUAUAACUAUUGAUUUUUUUAGAACUGGUGCUAGAAAAAUUAGUCAAGAAUUUACUAUUGCUGGAUUAGAAACUUAUCAAUAUGUUGUUUGGAAUAUUUUAAAUUUAUAUCAAGGAGGUUAUUGUGUUUUAAGACAGAAUAUUAAUACCACUGUAAUUGAUGGUUUACUAUAUGAUGACGUUGGUAAUCCUAAUGGAACUUGGAGAAUGCCAACAACUUUUAAUUAUACUAGAAAUAUUGGUGUAUAUCCUAAUAAUACUUUAUGGGCUAUAGUUAAUGGUCCUAAUAAUCUCACUUGGACCUUUGAAACUUCAUCAGCUUUAGUUGAUUUUAGAACCGUUCCGGAUCCGGAUGGUUUCAAAAAUGCAUUCAUCAGCGCAGUUUCUCCUGGAAAUUCUUCAAUAGUUCCCUUGUCAAGCACUCCAUCUCUAACGAUAACAUUCACCACAAAUAUCAUUUUAUCAUCUGGAAAUGUAUCAAUAUAUCAAUCAAAUGGCUCAUCUCCAAUACUUCGACAAACUUUUCAAGGAACUGACAGUAGAUAUGUUAGACUGUUAAAUGGAAAUAAUAGUAAUCAAGUACAAUUCGACGUGUUGACCAGUACAUUUAAUCAACGAUCGUCGAAUUAUUUUAUCCAGGUUGAUAAUGCAUUUGUCCAAGAUAUUCAAAAUAGUCAACCACUUUUGGGCAUUAGACCUUCACUUUGGAUUGUUAGUACUGCUCAGGAAAGUGCUGUAGUUCGUUUAACGCCGGCAGGUUCAAAAUAUUUCAGAGAACUUUCUGAUUCAAAUCGUAGCCAAUUCGCUGCUGAGAUGUCUGAAGAUCUAUCAAAUAUAAUUCCAUGUGAUAAAGAUCGUAUUAAAACCACAAGUAACUAUCAACUUGACGAUUCUAGACAAGUAUUAAUAAGAAUUGAUGUCAGAAACUACGACGCUAAUUCAUCAAAGGAAAGAGUUCCAACAAAAGUUUUAAAAGAUUUGGAUAAUUUGAUUAAAAAUAGAGGAGUUACUGGAGUGUCUCAUGAAUUUUGCACUUCUUUAUUGGAUUCUUCGUAUGGAAGCCAGCUUACUCAGGAUUUGUGGAAUAAUUAUAGAUUCUUGUUAUGGAUAUUACUUGUUAUAGUGGGCGUACUAUCCAUUCUCGUCUGCUUGUCAAUUAUGAGACAUAAAAAGGGAAAACAUUGUGCAGUAUUCAUGUUUACGUUUCUGGUAAUCGAUUUCGUGUUAGAUAUAUUAUUUGUAGUAGUUCACGGUCAAGACUUGUACUGGUUGUACCCUGCAAGUGUAAUAUUUAUAACGAUCCCAAUUAUCGUAAAUUCUGGAUUUACAUUUUUAUUAAUAUCUAGAGAAAUAUCGAAGAAUAAGAAAUUUAGUAAUUGGUGGUUUCGUAGUAGUAAAACAGCCUUAUUAUUUACUAUUUUAGCGGGCGCAGAUAUUGAUGUUUUAAAUAUUUUAUCAUCUGAAUGUGGUCGACUCGAAGAAUUAAGUGCUCCAUUUAGUAUAACUGCCAUGAAACGUAUUAGAAUAUUUAAUAUUAUUUCGAUAAUAAUUGAAGAUUUACCACAACUUAUUAUUUUGAUUAGAGCUGAAUCUCCUGAUAUCCCAUCAAAACCAGAAAGUCCAAAUAGUGGAAAAGAUAGUGAUACAUCUCCAACUCAUUCUGAAGUUCGUCAUGAAUAUCUUACCAUGAAAGAUGAUGGUGUACCAACUAUUUCAUAUCCUAGGGAUGAAAUGCAAAUUCAUGAUAUUCCACACGGACAUGUUGGAGAAAGUAUUAUUAAUAUUGAAGGUACAUCUGGUGAGAUUGGUGAGACUUUAAAAAAAACACAAACGUUACCUAAAAGAAAAUCAGAUUCUGGAAUUAUUGAGUCAACAGGAGAACCCGGUCAAUCAACUUCUAGCACGACUGGUGCUCCAACUUAUCAAUCAAAAAUGAUAGAACAACUUGAUCCGUCAUCAGAACAGAAUCCACCUCCAAAAAGUACUUCUUCAAAACUAUUUUCAUUUAUUGGUGGUGGAAAAUCUAAAAAGGGAACUACAGCUCCAAAAGAGGAAGCUGAUAAAGGAAAAAAAGAAAAACUGGACCUGGUUCGAAAAUUAGAAGCUAAAAAGCUAGUUCUUGCAAAACAAUUAAAAGAAGAGAAAGAAAUGGAAAAGUGUGAAAUUAUUGAAACGAAAGAGUUGAAUUGA